UUUGCCUUCACCUGGUUCACUUUACUUCUCAAAAUAAAUAUAAUUACAAGUGUAAAAAGUUGCUGAAAACAGGCGCCAUUUUUUAGUAUAUAUAUAAACAUACAGUAGUGGCCAAAAAAUUAAGCAUGAGUAAACCUAUUGUGAUAAACACUUGGCCAUGGAAAAAUCCAACUCUUGGAGCUUGGGAAGUGUUAAAAAGUAAUGGAUCACUGUUAGAUGCAGUGGUUAAAGGGUGCACUAUUGCUGAAGAAGAUAGAAGCAUAACAACAGUAGGAUGGGGAGGCAGUCCAGCAGAGAAUGGUGAAACAGCACUGGAUGCUUUGCUUAUGGAUGGACCUACUCAUAAUGUUGGUGCUGUUGGGAGUUUAAAACGAGUGAAAAAUGCUAUUGCAGUGGCUCGUCAUGUUUUAGAAAACACUCAGCAUACAUUUCUAGUUGGUGAAGAUGCUACAAGGUUUGCAAUUGAUAUGGGAUUCAAAGAAGAAGAUCUGAGAUCAGAAGAAUCUAUUUUGCAAUGGAAGGAAUGGAAGAACAAUAAAUGCCAACCAAACUUCUGGAAGAAUGUGUGGCCAAAUUCAACUGAAAGUUGUGGUCCUUAUAAACCUUUGAUCAAUCAGCUUUAUAGCAACCAUGAAAUAAAUGAAGCUGGUAAAUUGGAUAUAAAUAAUCAUGAUACAAUUGGUAUGAUUGCUAUAAACAAAGAUGGUGAUAUUGUAGCUGGUACAUCAUCUAAUGGCGCUACUUUUAAAAUUACUGGUCGGGUAGGUGAUUCUCCUAUUACUGGAUCAGGUGCAUAUGUUGACAAUGAUAUUGGUGCUGCAGUUGCUACAGGAGAUGGUGAUAUUAUGAUGAGAUUUUUACCUAGCUAUCAAGCAGUAGAGAAUAUGAGACACGGAAUGUCUCCUACUGAAGCUGCUGUGGAUGCGUUAAGAAGAAUUGUAAAGUAUUACAAAAAGUUUGAAGGAGCUCUAGUUGUUGUAAACAAACAAGGAGAUUAUGGAGCUUCUUGUUAUGGCUGGAAUUUUCAGUAUUCAGUUGUAAAUGAGAAGCUAAUGGUUCCAACUAUCGUUGAUGUUUUUCCUUUUGCAUAAUGGUUUUUUAUAACUUUUUAUUGUUGUUAAUAUAAUUUAACUUAUGUAAUGAUUAAUUAAUUUUAUACUUUUUAAGAUAAUAGAUGAUAUUCGAAGUUUA